UUUUUUCUCAAAUGAAUUGGUGAAAUGCUGGUAAAGUGAAUUUUCACAGAUACUAGUUUGUAUAAUUUAAUUAAUCACUUUAAUUAAGUGCACAGCCCUACUUUUAAUUUAUUCAUCCUAAAUUUUUCCAAAUUUGUGACACUCUGUGUUUAGUAAAUUACAUUUUAUGACUGGAAUCCAAAUUAUAGAAAUGUUAUGAUGUGAAAUGAAAUAUGUCCUGUGACUUUUUUCUGAAAGGCCUAAAGAAAAAAAUGGCAGAAAAAAAUCUAGCACGAAAACACAGACACAGUAAGGAUACCCCACCAUCUAUGUCAUCUUCCAGUGGUCCUCUGACUGAGGAGCUUAAAUGUUCAGUAUGUCUGGAUGUGUUCAAGGACCCAGUCAGCACUCCAUGUGGACACAACUUCUGUAAGAGCUGCUUGAACCAGUGCUGGGAAAAGAGUGAGAACUGCAUCUGUCCAUUGUGUAAAGAAAUAUUCAGCAAACGACCCGACCUCAAACUCAACACAGCACUUAGACAGGUUGUGCAGCUCUAUGAGAAAAAGUUUACUCUGAGUAAAUCUAAAGUUCUCUGUGACAUCUGUGAUGACACAAAGAUGAAAGCCCUGAAGUCCUGUCUGGUGUGUCAGACAUCUUACUGUGAAAAACACCUGGAGCCUCAUCAGAGAGUCCUCAGCUUCAAGAAACACAAACUAAUGGACCCUGUAGAGAAUAUAAAGGACUAUAUAUGUCAGAAACACGAGAGACCUCUGGAUCUGUUCUGUAGAGAUGAUCAGAUGCGCGUAUGUGUGUUUUGCACUGAUGGAGACCAUAGGACUCACAAAACUGUUACUCUAGAGGAGGAGAGUAAAGAGAAGAAGGCUCAGCUGAUGAAGACACAGAAAGAUGUGCAGCAGAUGAUCCUGGACAGAAUCAGGAAGAUUCAAGACAUUGAAUACUUUGCAGAACGCAGAAAAAAUAUAACUGUAUUUCAGAAAAGCACAGAGCGAGAGAAAGCAGCUAAUGUUGAGCUCUUCAGAGAUCUGAUCCGCUCAAUUGAGAGCUGUCAGGCUGAGCUGCUGGAGAUGAUGGCGAAGAAGCAGAAAGCAGCACAGAAACAAGAUAAAAAGCUCAUUCAAGAGCUGCAGCAGGAAAUCACUGAGCUCAAGAUGAGAAACACUGAUGUGGAUCAUCUCUUACACACUGAGGAUCACCUCCACCUCCUACAGAUUGAUCCAUCCCUGUACAGAGCUCCAGACCCCAGGAACUGGUCUGAGAUCAGUAUGAACACUGAUGUGAGUGUGGAGACUCUGAGGAGAGCUCUGACUCAACUGCAGGAAACUCUAGAUGAGAAACUCUGUCAAUCCGUGUUGAGUAAGAUGCAGCAAUAUGCAGUGGAUGUGACUCUGGAUCCUGAUACAGCUCAUCCAUAUCUCAUCCUGUCUAAUGAUGGAAAAAAAGUGAGACAUGGUGACAUUAAGCAUGAACUCCCAGAUUACCCAGAGCGGUUUAAUUACAGUGUCUGUGUCCUGGGAAAAAAGGGAUUCUUGUCAGGUAGAUUUUAUUUUGAAGUGCAGCUGAAGAGAAAGACUAAGUGGGAUUUAGGAGUGGCCAGAGAAUCUAUUAACAGGAAGGGACAGAUCACAGUGAGUCCUCCGUAUGGAUUCUGGUCUCUGGCACUGAGGAAUGGGAAUGAAUACUGCGCUUGUGAUGAUCCCGCUGUCUCUCUGUCUCUGAGCGUUAAACCGCAGAAGGUGGGGGUGUUUGUGGAUUAUGAGGAGGGUCUGGUCUCCUUCUAUGAUGUGGAGUCCAGAUCUCAUAUCCACUCUUUCACUGGACAGUCUUUCACUAAUAGACUAUAUCCAUAUUUUUGCCCCUUUCCUAAUGAUACCGAUAAAGAUUCAGCACCAAUGAUCAUCUCACCUGGUAAUUUUGAAUUUACAACCCAAAUAUGAAAUACAGCUCUUUAUUUUUAUUGUUUAUGACAUGUUCAUCUGAAAGGAGUAUAUAAUGUGUGCAGCUGCUGUUAGACAAAAAAGAAAAUGUUACUAUUAUAGUGUUUUCCAUCUACUUUUUAGCUUAGAAAAUCUGCUAUUAUUAUGCAUAAUCUGCAAAAUUUUACAAAAACAAUAAAAAUGUAAAUGUUUGCACAGUUUGAGAAUGUCCUGUAAGUUUCUGCCUAAUUAUUGGAUCAGUAAGAUUACACCAGAAUAUGAAUAUGAAGUUCAGACAUUAGAGCAAAAACUUUUACAACCAUCCCAACUUAUUUUACUGGAAUUGGAAAAACAUAC